UAGUCAUGUACCAAAACAAGGAAGUCGAAAAAUGAACGUUCAUUCUUAAUGAAAUUCUUCAUGAAAGCUAGGUUUAUUUUUAACCAACUAAUUUCAAAACGCCUCGUAUAUUUUCGAAAUACUGUGGACCGUUAAAAAAAAAUCACUUGAAAUUAACAUGUUCUGGAAAAAAAAUUGCAGUUGAAACUGAAAGCUAACGUUAUUUAUUUUGCAAAACUUUUGUCAAAAUGCAUCUGUGUUUUAUAUUGAUGUUUUUGUUGCCAUUUGGCCACGCAACAUUGCCUCUUGUUAUAAACACAUGGCAAUUCGAGCAUGCUACAGCGACAGCGUGGAGUGCUCUGCAGGCUGGGGGCUCUGUGCUGGAUGCCGUGGAGAAGGGCUGUGCCCGCUGCGAGGCUGACCAGUGUGAUGGCAGUGUGGGGUUUGGAGGGAGCCCAGAUGAGAGAGGAGAGACCACCCUGGAUGCCAUGAUCAUGAACGGUAAUACAAUGGAGGUGGGCGCUGUAGGAGACCUACGCAGAAUCAAGAAUGCAAUUGGGGUGGCCAGAGCCGUGAUGGAACACACCGACCACACACUACUGGUGGGCGAGUCAGCAUCAGUCUUUGCUGAGAACAUGGGCUUCACUGCAGAAGACCUUACAACCAACAAAUCUAUCAGCAUUUUCACACAGUGGUUGAAGGACAACUGCCAACCCAAUUAUCACAAGAACGUUUCCCCAGAUCCUUCACAAUACUGUGGACCAUACAAACCUGGAGCCACACUGAGGCAAAAGAGAAAACGACAGAUUGAUAUACAUGCACAUGACACUAUUGGGAUGAUUGUGAUUGGUAAAGAUGGCCAAGUUGCAGCAGGAACAUCAACCAACGGAGCGAACCACAAGGUCCCGGGGCGUGUAGGGGACUCUCCCAUCGCUGGAGCAGGGUCCUAUGCCGACAGCACCGCAGGUGGUGCGGCAGCAACGGGAGAUGGAGAUGUCAUGAUGCGCUUCCUACCUAGUUACCUGGCUGUUGAGCUAAUGAAGACAGGAACAGAUCCAUCCACAGCUUGUAAGACAUCCAUCUCCAGGAUCAAGAUACAUUACCCAGGGUUCUUUGGGGCUGUCAUCUGUGCCAACACAACAGGCCACUAUGGUGCUGCAUGCAACAAAGUUCCUGGCUUCUCCAAAUUUCCUUUUGUGGUGUACAACUCAAAGACCAAAUCUCCACUUUUACAAUCAGUUGACUGUUUUUAAAACCAUUCAAUGUUAAUUUGAGCAACCAGGAAGGAUGGAGAUUCCAGGACCAUUUUCUGCCCACUGGAAGAAAUCACACUGCUUGCCCUUUGGAAAACUGCAUACGUAAAAGUUGCGGCCGUUGUUUGGUCCUAGUUUGAGUACAGUCCUCAUCAGGCAGCGUUUUGCAU